CCAUCCAAGAAUCUUAAAGGGAAUAAGAAAAAAAGAUACAAACUAAUUUAAUCAGAGAGAUGGAACAAACAUGGAGAGCAAUAGUCUUGUUAGCCGCAGUUUUGUGUGCUUCUGUUUUGGUCACUCCAGGAGCAGCUCACGACGAUCAGCCACCUAGUUUCCCUAUCGACAUUGAGAAAUGUUGGUCGUCUCUCAUUAACGUCAAUGGAUGUGUGCUCCAACUCUUUGAGUCAGUUUUCUCAGGCAAGUUUGGAAACGUUGGAAUCGCAUGUUGCAAGGCGUUUUCGACUAUAGAUGCUAACUGCUGGCCUCAUAUGUUUCCGUUGAACCCGUUCUUCCCACCUCUUAUCAAAGACAAUUGCGCCCACAUAGUUCCAAAUUAA